UCCCGGCCCCUCCCUUUCCGCGUGUGCGUGUGCUCGGCUGCGCUCUUCAGACUUGCCUGCCUGUCACUUCGUUUCUGUCGGAAGGCUAGGCUACGCACCUCUCGGUCGGACCCCCGCACGGAGAGCCAGCCGCCGCCGUCGUUUCCCCCGAGGCUCGGGCUCGCCCCUCACGGCACCAACCAUGGCGACCACCGCUACGUCCACCCGGUUCACUGACGAGUACCAGCUGUACGAGGAGCUCGGGAAGGGAGCUUUUUCAGUGGUGCGCCGAUGUGUCAAGAAAUCCUCCGGGCAGGAAUAUGCUGCCAAAAUCAUCAACACCAAGAAGCUGUCUGCACGAGACCACCAGAAGCUGGAGCGUGAGGCUCGCAUCUGCCGGCUGCUCAAACACCCCAACAUUGUGCGACUGCAUGAUAGCAUUUCAGAGGAGGGCUUUCAUUACCUCGUCUUUGACCUGGUGACAGGAGGGGAGCUUUUUGAAGACAUCGUAGCCAGAGAGUACUACAGUGAGGCCGACGCCAGUCAUUGCAUUAGUCAGAUCUUGGAGAGUGUCAAUCAUAUCCACCAGCAUGAUAUUGUGCACAGAGACCUCAAGCCUGAGAACCUGUUGUUGGCCAGUAAGAUGAAGGGAGCUGCAGUGAAGCUGGCAGACUUUGGCCUGGCUAUUGAGGUGCAGGGAGACCAGCAGGCUUGGUUCGGUUUUGCGGGCACGCCUGGCUAUCUCUCCCCGGAAGUCCUUCGGAAGGACCCCUACGGCAAGCCUGUGGACAUAUGGGCUUGUGGUGUUAUUCUCUAUAUAUUAUUAGUUGGAUACCCUCCAUUCUGGGAUGAGGAUCAGCACAAGCUCUAUCAGCAGAUCAAAGCCGGGGCCUACGAUUUCCCCUCACCUGAGUGGGACACAGUGACCCCCGAGGCCAAGAACCUGAUCAACCAGAUGUUGACCAUCAACCCGGCCAAGAGAAUCACUGCCGAGCAGGCUCUCAAGCACCCGUGGGUCUGCCACCGCUCUACAGUGGCAUCCAUGAUGCACAGACAGGAAACUGUUGAGUGUCUUCGCAAGUUCAACGCUCGCCGAAAACUCAAGGGAGCCAUCCUCACCACCAUGCUGGUGUCCAGAAACUUCUCAGUGGGCCGGCAGCAUACCAACUCUGCUGCUGCCGCCUCCUCCACUGCCUCACUGGCUCAGGAAGCAUGCAAAAGUUUACUCAACAAGAAAUCCGACUCUGCUAAGCCUUCCACCAACAACAGUAAGAACAGUAUAGUGAGCGCCAUCAAUGCCCUGAAAGACAGCAACAUGGCGACCAACGCCCAGAUGGAAUCUCAAAGCACGGUGGUGCACAACCCCCCUGAUGGCGUCAAGGGCUCAACAGAGAGCAACGCCACCAAUGAUGAGGAAGAAAUGAAAGGUAGGCAAGCGGACAGUUCAGCGCUGAGUCAGAGUAGCGCCACUGAGGAGAUGCCCCCACUUCUGCCCUCACCUCAAAGCUCACCUGCCAUACCACCGCAUGAUAUAAAGCGCAUGGCUUGGAACAGCACGGGCAACAGUGACUCUGAACAGUCCUGCGCGCCCGCCGUCACCAUCGCCGCUCCAGUAGGGGGCAACAAUUCUGCCACUGCUAAAUGCAACGUUAAGCAGACCCGCAAGCAGGAGAUCAUCAAGAUCACCGAGCAGCUGAUUGAAGCCAUCAACAACGGAGACUUUGACGCCUACACGAGGAUUUGUGAUCCCGGGCUCACUUCCUUCGAACCCGAGGCGCUGGGCAAUCUGGUGGAAGGCAUGGACUUUCACAAGUUCUACUUUGAAAAUUUGCUGAGCAAGAACAACAAGCCGGUGCACACCACCCUGCUGAACCCGCACGUGCACCUGAUCGGCGAGGACGCUGCGUGCAUCGCGUACAUCCGCCUCACGCAGUUCGUGGACUCGGGCGGUCGCCCGCGCUCCAGCCAAUCCGAGGAGACCCGUGUGUGGCACCGCCGCGACGGCAAGUGGCUCAACGUUCACUUCCACUGCUCGGGAGCUCCCGCCGCGCCACUACAGUGAUCAGUGGUCCUGAGCCUCCACUCUGCUGGUGGAGGUGUUUUGGGGGGCAGUUUUUUUCCGGCGAGUGUGUUUCGGGGGCCCGUCCCCCCCGCGUGGAUUGGCUAGCGCCAGGAGCCCGGCCGGGCCAGACGGCGUCCCUCUCCGCGACCACCAACCAACCCCGUCUCUCCUUUGACCCCGCCGGGGGGGCACCGGCCGAGCACAAGACAACGCCCGGCCCCCCCUGCCACUCACCGCCGCCGCCCCCUACCCCCACGUGGGAUGUGAUGCAUGCAUCUUGGCACCUGCCUGAGCGCGGAGGGCGCGUCUUUGUCCUCUCGCACCUCCCUACGGCGGCCGUCUUUCGUCAGCCCUGCGCCAGAUGAGGCGUCGCGGGGGAGGAGGCGACUUACACUUGUGACAGUUUAUGAGUAUGAGUUAUGAAUAUACUGUGUAAAUUAUGACUUAGAUGUUCCAGAAAACCACCAAAACCCCAGCAAGCAUUUAUCUUAUCUGUGUGAUGAGGGAGGAGCGCAAAUGUUGGCUUUUGUUGUGACAUAAAAAGCGCUUGUGACCUGCGCGUUUACGCAAAUAGAGAAAACGAGAGAAUCGGAGGAGCGCGUGGACGGGUCUGAGCGGGUGACGGCGAAACUUGAUAUCAUGAAGCACCAAAGUGUAGAACUUUAGGCUUUUUACAUGUUUUCGUUGUGUGCCCGUUUUCUCUUCCCACACUUUGGAAAACUGAUUUAAGCUUGUGUUAUGUUUUUAGUGUCCUGUGACAAACUUUUAUCUCACUUGAUUUUUUUUUAAAUUUUAAUCCCCCCCCCCCCCCCCCCCUUCUGUUUUUUUCAUCCAACCGGCUACUUUUUAAAAAGUGCUUUUUAGAAGAGGAAAAAAAUGAAGUUGAGGGUUUUUUAUCGUGAGUUGAAAAAACCGCUUCCCAUGCACAUCCUGUCCUGUCUUGUCUGUAUGCAACAGUAGGGGGGUGCGGUGGGGAGGGGGCGCCACUGCGAGGCGGGCUGCCUCGCGUGAGGCAUUUGCAUGUUUGCCCCGGCCGCCUCGUCCUCGUACGUCAGUCUGUCCUUCGCCUUCCCGUCUGUGUUUUUUCCCCUCUCUGCUUCCUGUCGGGGCCUGGUUUGUUCCUUAUCACUGUGUAAAUACAGUGCGUGUAUAGAUGUAUGUAGAAAUGUGUAUCAUAUGUACAUGCAUCCUGUGUACCUCAACUGUUCCUUUGAGAGAGUUUGCAGAUGCAAUUUAAAAAUAUUUUUAUUAGCAGCCUAAAGUUUUGCAUCCCACUACUUUUGAGAGAUCAUAUCACACACGCACGCCUGGUGCUGUGUAACAUAUCCGCCCCACGGUGUAGUGUGAUCCCCACCUGCUCCGAUAAUGUUGUGAUCUGCACCUGCCCCACCAUGUUGUAUAUCCACACCGCCCCACUGAAUUGUGUCAUCCCCUCGCGCCGCAUGAUGUUGUGAUCUGCAACUGUGCUGCAACGUUGUAAUCUAAACCCACCCCACUGUUGUGUGAUAGGUACCGCCUCGCAAUGUUGUGCGAUCCUCACUCAUCCCUAAUGUUGUGAUCUUCACCCACCACACAAUGGUGACCCACUAUAUUGUGUGAUCUGCACCCACCCCACUGUUGUUGUCUAUGUUACCAAAUCCACUAUUUUGUGUGAUCUAUGAUUUGAUCUGCCCACAAUGUUUUGUGGUCUGCACCGCCUCGCAAUGUUGUGUGAUCCCUACCCGUCACAUAAUGUUGGGAACUUGACCCGCCCCACAAUGUUGUACAAUCUCCCUCCACCCCACAAUGGUGUGUGAUUCACACAGGCCCAAAAUGUGAUCCACACUGCCUCACUAUGUUGUGUGAUCCGCAUUGGCCUACAAUGUUGUGUGAUCCACACUUCCCCACUAUUUUGUGUGAGCUGCACCCACCUCACUAUGUUGUUGUCUAUAUCCCUCUCUUUUGUAUGAUCUGUACCAAGCCCACAAUGUUGUGUGGUCCACAAUCUUCAUCCACCGACAAUGUUAUUGGCACCCUGCCCACAGUGUUGUGAUACAAACCGUCCCAAAACGUUGUGAUCCACAAUGUUGUGUGAUCCACAGCCACACCGUUAUGUGCACCCCAUAGUGUUAUGAUCCACAACAUCCCAAAACGUUGUGAUCCACACCGCCUCAUUUUGUGAUAUGCACCCACCCCACAAUGUUGUGUGCUCUUUACCCUCACUGAUGAUGUCACCACCAUUUUUUUGUGCUGCUGUUUGUCAUCAGCUGUCAACUUUUCUUUUCAUUUUUUUUUUUCCUCCGUAAUUUGCCGGGUUUCCCAGCUUUAGUUCUGUACGUGACCAGCAGGAAGGGAUGCAAGGAAGUGAACGCGACAAACACACAUGCACGGAUUUGAUUACGAUUACAACCUAUAAUCCGGCCCCUGGUGGUUUUAAAAUGAAUUGUGCCUGCUCAGUUCUGGAGGGCUGGGGUAGGGGGGUCUCUAAAAGAGAGAUAGCAAGCAGGAGCACUAGUUAUUAUUAUGCAUGUUUCAGUUACGCAUUUCUACCAUGUACCUACCUGAAUGAGAAUGGAGCUCUACUAGUGUUAAUAUUAUUAUGACGAUGGCGAUACUUGCAUCUUUUGAGAUUUCCUCCAUCUCGAAUGUUGACUUGGUGACAUGAAAACUAAACUUUUUUUAUCCGAACAGAAAAAAAAACAGCCCAAAGGGAUUCUGGAGCUGUUGCUUGGUAUGAGGCCCUCGAUGUUUUUUUUCCCCCUUGCCUUGUUUAUGGUAUGAUAUUUGGGCUGUGCUUUUUUUUUUUUUUUUUUUUUUUUUUUUUUUUUCCCCCCCCGCCCUCCACUACCCCCUGCUACCCUUUCCUUUCCUUACCCAGCCUUCCCACGGACGCUGGAGUUUAUUUUGCAUGAUCAUGAUGUACAAUGAAAUAACAACCAUUUGAAUUGACGACUAUAAAGUGUUUGUCUGAGUGUUAGUUGGUCUUCAUCCUUAGCUUUGUUAUUCUUCAGACUUGGAUCUUAAAAGUAUUUAAUAAAAAUACAAUUUCAGCACCCCG